UGCUUCAUCUCUUGGGGUGAGCAAGGCAGACGGGACUGCCAGGGCUAACGGAGCCUGUAAGAGCGAUCCUUGCCUGGCUGGCUUGUGCAGGCUGUGAGCUAAAUGCAACUCAGAGAGGCAGCUAUAAAUAGCCAUUCAUUGUCAGUGUGUGUGAAAAGACAAGAGUGAGUGUGCCGGUCUGAUUCAGGCCCAGUUAAACGGCCGUCUGGACAGGACUAUAAACGAAGUCCGCAGGCAACGCCAGGGGCUGGACACUCACCGAAGGGAAGCUGUUCAACGCCGGAGUCGCCUCUGCUAUGGCAAAAAUCAUCUUGAGGCACCUCAUAGAGACCCCAGUGCGUUAUCAGGAGGAGUUUGAAGCUCGGGGCUUGGAAGACUGCAGACUGGAUCAUGCCUUAUACGCACUGCCCGGGCCAACCAUCGAGGACCUGAGGAAAGCCAGAGGCACGCCACAGGCUCUUGCAGAGGACUCAGCCUCCACCGAGACGCCACCCAGAGAAGGCAAAUCCCGCUUCCAGAUCCUGCUGGAUGUGGUCCAGUUCCUGCCCGAGGACAUCAUCAUCCAGACCUUCGAGGGCUGGCUGCUGAUCAAAGCGCAGCACGGGACCAGAAUGGACGAGCACGGCUUUAUAUCCCGGAGUUUCACCAGACAGUACAAACUGCCAGACGGCGUGGAAACCAAGGAUUUGUCCGCCAUCCUCUGUCACGAUGGAAUCUUGGUGGUGGAGGACGCUAAAGGGAUUUCAAGUUGUCUGUUUAUACGAAGUUCAUGUCCGCGGCUGACAUUCGGGGCAUGAAGUCUAGGAUGAGACACGAUUGUUUGAGAAGUUGGAUCUCACAGAUCGGCAUUGUGGUACCAGAACGCUGACAGGUGUGAGUGGGAUACCAGAUCUUCGGGAAGGAUGGGAAGUGGGACACCAUCCGAUCCCCACCAAACAGCGCUGCCCUCAAAGUGAUGACUUAGCCACUCGUGAUCUCUAGAAAUGGCCGGAGGCCUUUUGUCUGGUCUUGAUUUUCCUCCAGAUGACACUUUCCUUCUACCCACGAGAGGAUUUUUUUUCCUUCAAAAAUGAAAAUUUAAUGCAUC